UUAGAUGAUGUCAUGGGAUCUGAAGAGGGAGAUGAAAGGGAUAGAGUAUAGCCACUGGCGCUGUGAACUGCUUCUCUCUCACACACACGCAGUGCAGAGCCGUCGUCGCUCCCAGCUUACUCCGAUCAACUCCCCAUCACACAGCUCAGGAAGCUCGCUCGCUUUUCCCUUUCGGAGGGCUAGAGGCGAGCUAAAAAGGAUCUGCAGCCGAGACAAAAGGAAAAACAAAAAGGGAAGCGACUUUCCAGUUUCUCCGUUGCUUGAUAAGAAAUCUGGGGUAGAUCUCAGUGGAGGAACCUUUUAUCGCAGGAAUGAGAGCCGGGAUAUCCCACAAACAGAAAUGCAUGUUGCAACACCUGCUGAUCGCUUUGUUGUGUCUGGUUCGCAAAGCUGCAGGCGAGACAGGAGACUGCCGGGAGCAGGAGUACAGAGAUCAAGCUGGAAACUGUGUGACCUGCAAACAGUGUGGCCCAGGGCAAGAACUCUCAAAGGAAUGUGGGUUUGGAUAUGGGGAUGAUGGACAGUGCGUGACCUGCAGGCCAAGCAGGUUCAAGGAAGACUGGGGAUUUCAAAAGUGCAAGCCAUGCCUGGACUGUGCUCUCGUAAACCGCAUCCAAAAGGCCAACUGCACUGCCACUGGUAAUGCUGUGUGUGGAGACUGCUUGUCAGGAUUUUACAGAAAGACCAAAUUAGGUGGUUUUCAAGAAAUGGAGUGCAUUCCAUGUGGUGACCCUCCUCCUCCUUAUGAGCCUCACUGUAGCACUAGAGUAAACCUGGUGAAGAUCCCAUCAACUGCCUCCAGCCCUCGUGAUACUGCAUUAGCAGCUGUGAUAUGCAGUGCUUUGGCAAUGGUUUUGCUGGCUCUCCUUAUUCUGUGCAUCAUCUACUGCAAGAAGCAAUUUAUGGAGAAAAAGCCCAGUUGGUCAAUGCGGCUGCAGGAUGCUCCAUUAAAUGGGGCGGAACUGUCUUCCUUUGACAGACAGAGGAUUAAUCUGAGCCCACAGAGAACCUGCACACACUGUCAACAAGGUCCAGCACUGGCUUAUGGGCCUGUUCACCUGGUUCCAUCUUGUUGUCUUGAUGAUGCCUGCAGUCUAGAGUACAGCAGCGAGAGUACCUAUCCUCCAUCUGAAUUGGCGAUUCGCAAAAGCAGGAAUUUGGAAUGCGGUGGCGAAAUGCUGUCCUCGCUCCUUGAUGUUUUUACACCAUCUUUUGGGAGUGACGCUUCAGAAGCCUGGCCUCUAAUACGAGACUCUGCCGGCAGUGAUACUGGCUGUUCCUGUGAAUCUCUUAACCCAUCAAACUCUGAGGCUUCCCCAGAGGAUGUUACUACUUUUAGCCCGCAGUUGGAUACUCCAAAUAACCUGCCUUCAGAAACGUGUCCAAGACAGGAAGAUCAGCCUGAGUCACUUUGUCUGCAGCCCUUUUCAGUGGAGAUAGGUGGAACUGUAGUAGGACUCAGAAAGCAAGAUGGUGCAGAAGAUCCAGGUGAUCCCCCUUCAUUAAACACUGGAGACAAAGCAGAGCAGGAAAGCAACACUCCAAAUGAAGAAAUUGAGAACUGUGUCUAGUACACAACUUGAUAGUGUCAGAGGAACGUCUCCCUUUUUAUCCUUCUCCAUUGACUGUUUCAACCUGAAGAUACAUUCUUGCUGAGGCCUGAAAUUUCAGGAUUAUAUGGUUUUCUCAGCCGAACUAUGGCAAAUUGUGUGCUAUAUCAAUUGGUCUGCAUUCGUCGCAGGCAGGAAUCAUAUCCAAGUGAAUAUGUGCUUCAUUUUAAACAGCAGUCUAUUUCUACCAGUUGUGAUUUGCUGUUUGCUUCUUUUUGUAUGAAACAUUUGACACCUUGUUUGAAGGUCGGGGGAGGAAGGCUUAUGACUGCAGUGCUGGUGAUGAAGAACUCUGUCAAAACGUCAUUGCGCUCAAACUGCUAAAGGAUUUCUGAAGAUAAAUGAUGAGGAAAUCCAUGGGUCACACCGCAAUCCGUGUGUUAAAGCUCUCACUGUGGUUGGCUCUUACAUGUGACAUGGUAGCAUUAACAAGUGUGCCCACAGUCACUGCCUGGAGAACAUUGUGGGAAGUGGUAUUCCACAAAAAUGAUUUUGAUUUAUUAGGUAUCUAAUUAUAAAUCUUUGUUAUUAAAGCUUUAGAAAAAACUUGUACACUUUAAUGUUUCUUUUUAGAAAAUUGCCACUGUACAUUGCAGAUAAUGAACUUUUGUUAAAUAUAAAUAAUUAUAAAUGAAGAAGUUAGCCACUUAUAUUGUGUUCCACCUCUGUCAUUGUGCGACUGCAGUGCGUCAAUGAAAGUAAAGCUAUGACUGUGAAUGAUGUGUUUAUCAUUCUUAUUGCUGAGGGAAGCUAGAUUGGUCUGGCUGAUAGUGUACUAAAUAUUGGACCAGUGUGGAGGUGGAAUUAAAUUACUUUAGUUUAUACACGUUAGUGCAUGCCAUGAGUGGCCAGAUGAUAUGUUUGUUCAUCAUACAAUGUUCCACUUCCCUUCAAAGGACUGGAUCAUUCAGUUGAAUCACAUUACUUGAAUGUUUGUGGCUUUUUUUUAUUAAUAAUAAAUCUUGAACUUUGGUGCUCAUACAAUUUAUUUUCAAAAAAAGUUGGCAAACUGCAUGAGUAGAUUUCAAGAUAUCCUUCUUUAGCUAAUGGCUACAAACUCAAUAAAGUACAGGAAACUACAUCCUA